CCAAUGUAUUUAAACGCGCUCUAUUUCUCUCGUCCACUUUUUUUCUAACCACCCAACCCCACACAGAUUUCCGUCACUUUAAUCUAUCCCAAGUCGCAGUCGCAAGCCAACCAUGUCCCUCAAAGAUUGCCUCCAAAGAUCGUUGAUCAUCUAUGCAGUCAUCUGUAUGACUCUCUUGCCAUCGGUUCAGCUUUCAAAACUGCAAAAACGAAAUGGUCGACAUAACUGCGAUAUGCAAUAUAUCAACGUGCCAGGCUCAACUGAGGAUGCAACAUGCAUAGGCACCGACAACAUCAAGUAUAACUGUAAGGAGGGGUCUUGCACAAAGGGCUUUAAAUUCCUUUGCAAGCACAUCAGUCAACCGGACACCGGCUUAGUGGGAGACUUCACCUAUAUCAGCCCAGAUCGUUAUAUGACCGGGCCCUUCUAUAUUAGUGAGCAUAUCCGGACUAUCAUUCUGGGUUGGGCUACAUGUAUACCUAAAGGCCAUCGUGAAUGA